AUGCGUGUUGUAUUCUGCCUUCUUGCCAUGAUUUGCAUGUCUUUGGCAUGUGACAUCAUUGUACAUGUCAAAUCUGACACAGAUAAGAAGUUCCAAGCUCAGGUUACUGCCAGCAAUGGCAAGAAGAGUGACAAAUGGACAUUCCCAAAAAAAUUGACCAAAAACACUUUCCAAGUUAAAGCUGACGAAUGUGGAAUCAGAGAAUGGGAAGUUGCUGUUUAUGAUGAGGCAGGAAAGCUCACCGGAACUGCUAAGUCAACUCUUGAUGGAAUUGGACGUGUGACAUAUAAGGUUGGAGAUGAUUUGAUUCCUAAGCAGAAAGAUCGCCAGGGAGCUAUUUGCAAAGGAGAAUGUGCCCCCCUUUAA